AUGCAGCAACAGCAACGACAGAAUCAGCAACAUCAGGGACAUUGGAACGCGCCUUAUAGGUCAAGAGAGAGAAUUCAAGAGCAUCAGCAUCAGCAUCAGCAUCAGUAUCAGUACCAACAACAGCAUCCUACGAGAGUUAUGGCGAACUCUCCAAUGGCAUUCCCACCGGUUGGAUCCUUACAAGCUCAGUAUGCACCUCCUCAACCAGCUUAUUAUGCAGCGGCAGGACCACCAUUGAUGAAUCCACCACCAACGCCGUUUGAUACGGCUUACGGAAUUACGUUACUUCCAUCGCAUCUGUUGAUCGGAUCUCCAUUCGUAUCUUCGCCAGAUCUGUUUCAAUCUCAGCAACAAUCGCAACAUCAUCAUCAUCAUCAAAAUCAUCAACAUCAGAUAGGGAUGGUUAAUUCCAAUGCAUCUCAUCAAUCUCUCAACCAACGUCAUAGAAGAUCUGCAAAUCAAAGGAAUAAGGGUAGUUAUAAUAAUAACAGUGAUACUAAUAUUAGCACUAAUGGUCAUUCAAGAUUAUCAGAAGCUUCUUAUCCAGUACCACCGCCCUUGAAGAAUCCCCCCGUGGUUGCUAGAAAUCGUCAUAGAAGAAGAGCUCAAAAUGAACAAGCUGAUAAAAUGUUUAAAGAACCUUUUGUUGUUACAUAUAGAAUGCUUCCGAAGGGUGAUGAUGAAUAUCGUACCAGAUCCUUACUUUUUGAAAACGUUAAUGGAUCUGUAGAUCUUUACUCCUUUGUGAGUAAAUAUUCCAGAUAUGGUCCUGUAGAAUCCAUUUACAUGUUUAAGGAUAGAAAUGACAAGACAAAGCAUAGCGUUCUACUAAGCUUCUUGUCACGUAAGAUCUGUCUGGAUUCCUACAAUAGCGUUUUACAAAGAUUAGCGGAAUUCAAAACAGGUUUAAAGUCUAAAUCUCUAACCGUUAGUUUUGUCUCACUAAAAUAUAGAAAACAUGUGGAUGAAAACGAAGUUGACCAAAAUGAUAAUUCGUCAUCAACACCAAUGAAUGAAACGGAUGAUACUGAUGCUUCUAAGACACCAGUUGCUACUAGUAAUGUUCAAGAUGAUGCCUAUAAUGUUACAGUUGUCGCAUCUUUACAAUACGAUAUCGUUAAUAGAGGUGCAACCAGAUCGGUGGCAUUAGAACUAGAUGGUGAAUACGAUAAGACCAAGUUGUUAGAUCAAGAGUUAGACUUCUUAUCUCCAGCCAAUAAUCAGAGAUAUGUCCUUGAAUCUAUCUAUUUGAUCAAUGCAAAAGAACCCUUUAAACAUUUCCCCAAAAAUUAUGCGAUUUUAACAUUUCUCAAUAUAUCAAUGGCUGUAGAAGUAUUAGAUUAUGUGAGAAAUAAUGAGACAGCUAGAUCAAAAUUUCAAAAAUGUUUUUUUGUGUCAGUAUCAUCAUGUCCUCAAACUAGCUCUGAUGGAGGUAUCGUUACUACUAGUAAUUCUAUCACUCCAGUGGCUAGUGGUGGUAGUGCGGGAAUCGCUACCAAUGGAGAUCUGGGAGGUUACACUAGUAAGAACGCUAGCCUCAGUAGUCUCAAUUCAGUUGGAUCUUACAUUUCAUUAGAUCAAGAGAUCGAUUUCCUAUCGUCUUCUUUAAAAGGUAGUCAUACAAUUACAGUGGCGGUUGAUGAAUAUCCAAAGCCAUUCUUCGCGGAAUUUUCAGACCAUCUCUCAAACGCUAGCGUUUUAGAGGCAUCUGCACUUGACACUCAAAUUUCAUCGCCACAUCCUCAAGAAGUUAUUGUACCGUCUCAAGAUUCACCACUUGUUGGGGGUGCCCCGCCUUUGGAUGCUGUCCAUCCUGCUGCUACGCCUGCAUUAUCUUCACAAGUCUUACCAUUACAACCUCACAUGGCCAUGAAUUCUGGAAUUUAUAUGGAACCUUUUGGUCGUAGAAAUAAAACCAUGAUUAAACCUAUCACACAAAGUUUACAGAAACAAUUUGCUACUUCUGCAGAAGUUGCCAAUUCAAUGGGUGGUGGUAUUGGUAAUAGAACUGUUUACAUUGGUAAUAUUCAUCCUCGUUCUAAACCUGAAGAUAUUUGUAAUGUGGUUAGAGGUGGAAUUUUGCAAAGUAUCCGUUUCUUACAAGAUAAACACAUUUGUUUCGUUACCUUCAUUGAAGCAUCAACGGCAGUUCAAUUCUAUACAAAUGCCUUUAUUGAUCCAAUUGUCCUUCAUGGUAACAUGCUAAAAGUCGGUUGGGGUCAUCAUUCUGGACCAUUGCCUAAAUCCGUCUCUUUAGCGGUUACCGUUGGUGCCUCUAGAAAUGUUUAUGUGAGUUUGCCAGAUUUUGCAUUCAAGGACAAGUAUAUCAACGAUCCUCAAUAUCAACGUUAUAGUGACGAGUACAAAUUACCUGCAGAAGAACAACUCCGUAAUGAUUUUAAUCAAUUUGGUGAUAUUGAGCAAAUCAAUUUUCUCAGUGAUGGUCACUGUUGUUGGGUUAAUUUUAUGAACAUUUCAUCUGCUAUAAAAUUAGUGGAAGAAAUCAAAUACAAUGAUGGUGAAGCAUUCCAUAAAUCAUUCGAUAAUCGUUAUAGAGGUCUCAUCAUCGGUUAUGGUAAAGAUCGUUGUGGAAAUGUUAAUAAGAAUCUCAUCUCUGGUAAAAAUUCACGUUUUUAUAAAAAAGUUAAAAAGCCUAGUUAUAACAUUCGUUUAAGCAGAAUGGAGGAAGAGAGGAAAAAACAUGAAGAAACUUUAAGAUCGCAAAAUCAAAAUAACGAUGAAAAAAUGCUUCAAUUUGGUUCGUUAGGAAUUCAUUUGGAGGGCAAUGAUAACAAUAAAACCAGUUACGAGAGAAGUUUAAAUGGCGAAGAAGAAGAAGAACAAGAAGAAGUAGAACCGAAUGAGGCAGAAAAGGCAAAUGGCGAGGGUGGAAGAGAAAAAGAUGAAGACAAUAAUCAGGAGCCAAUGAAUCCAAUUUCUAAAGAUGGAAAUAGUGAGAAUCAUGGCAGUGGUGAAAAGUAUCAAGAAGAGGAAAAAGAGUUACUCAAAUUGAGUAAUAAGAGUCAAAUUAUAGAUGGACUUGGAAUUGCUGCUGUUGCUGGAAACGGCAAGGACAUGGUUGCAAGUCAAGACCAAGAUAUUCUUGAUAGAGCCCAUGAAAGUGGUGAUGAAGAAUCUUUAGAUUCUGGCGUGUCUUCCAACGUGGAAUUAAUUUUGCAUUCACCUUUGGAAGGUGAUUCUAAUAAUCAGAAGAAACAUGAAAAAAACAAUAAGCCCUUUAAAUCAAAGAAACUUGAAAAUGUUAGUGCUACUGGUACUGGAGAUGUCAGUAAUUACAAUUCAUCUUUAGGUGAAGGUGCUUCGGCGGUUUCUAAUCCUUCUAUAAGCAUGAACCCACCAAUUGCACCUUCCACAAUUUCACGCAAUUAUUCUUUAAUGAUGAAGACACAAAAUGGGCACCCUCAUCCAAGGAGAGAUUCAUCUGACAGACAAAAUCAACAACAGCAACAACAACAACAACAACAACAACAACAACAACAACAGCAACAGCAACAGCACCAACAACAACAGCAGCAACAACCCAAUCCAAGUUCAUCUCAUAAUAGUGGUGAUCGUAUGUCCUCACAUGUUGGGAACUCUCGUGGUCAACAAGGCAAAGGACGCAAUAAACGUCGCAAUGCAAAGGCAAUUCCUGGCUCAGAUGUUAUGGCGCAAUAUCUCGCACAGCUACAGCAUUCCACCUUUAUGUAUGCCGCUAAUAUUUUGGGUGCAACUGCUGAAGGUGACGUUGAUUAUUACGAGGAUAACACUGAGAAUUGA